UUUUUUUUUAAUUAAUUAUGUAUACUAUUGGUAAUAGUAAUAGACAUUUAUUACAUUCAGAACUUGUACAUACAACUCCACAUACUAAUUUUUAUGAAUCAAUUUCAAUUCAACAUCAACUUUAUGAGCGACUUGGAUCCGCAAGUCAACAAGAAUUUGACUUACUUGUUGGAGUCAGUGUAUCGCGGUGUUCAAUAGAUUCACAAAUGAAAUUUAUUAGAAAAGUUUAUUUAAUAACUUUAAGUCAAUUAUCACUUAUAUCAUUUAUGUCAAUAUUAUUUAUGUACUUUAUUAAUUACCAAGGACAAAGUGAACGUACCUGGUGGUUUUUAUUAUCCUUAGCUACUGUUUUUUUAAUAAUUGCAGCUUGGCAGUUAUGGACACAAUAUCAUCAACUUACGCGUUUAAGCCGUGCUAUCACUUUUGCUAUUUAUUCCUUUUUUAUUGCGUUUAUCUUUUCAAACUUAGUUUCAAGAAUUUUUCAAGAAUAUAGUUUAAUUGUAUUGAUAAUGACUUGUUUUGGCAUGCUUGGUGUUAUUUUUUAUACUUUUCAAAUAAAGUUCAAGUUUCAAGGGACAAAGCCAAUUGUUUGCAGUAUUGCCAUGAUCUGUAUAAGUUCUAUUGGUUUAAGAGAAGCAUACAAAUUAAACCCUGUGCAAAUUUUGGGUCCAAUAACGAUUGCUAGUAGUAUCUGUAGUUAUUUAAUAUUGGAACUUUAUUACGCUAUGAAAGAUUUGACUGUGGACGAUUAUAUUUUGGCAAAUCUGUCGUUUCAUAUGGAUUUAGUUUAUCCCAUUAACUAUUUACAUCAUUUAUGUGAGCUUUCUGAUUACAUUGAUAAUUUUCCAGAAUAUUUCAGCCCACCAGAUCUGUCACUUAACACGGCUUAAAAAGAAAAAGGAAAAAAAAAAGGAAAAAGAGGCUCAGCCUUUAUUUUAUUUUAUUUUUAAAUCGAUGCUAG